AUGGAGGACUCGGGCUCGGCCCUGGAGAAGAACGUGGCCGACCUCACGGUGAUGGACGUGUACGACAUCGCCGCGGUGGUGGGGCAGGAGUUUGAACGCAUCAUCGACCAGUACGGCUGCGAGGCUCUGUCCAGGCUGAUGCCCAAAGUGGUGCGGGUCCUGGAGAUCCUGGAGGUGAUGGUGAGCCGCAGCAGCAUCAGCCCGGACACCGAGGAGCUGCGGCUGGAGCUGGCCCGGCUGCGCCUGGAGCGGAUGGACCGGCUGGAGAAGGACAAGAAGCACCGGCAGGUCUCUGACAACCGGCUGUCCGUGUUAGGGCUGCACACUAAAGCAUGCUGCGAAGGUAUCCCAGCAGAUGUUCUUCUCGGCCAUUGGGAGCGAUUUCGGGACCUCUUCGUGAGCCUCAGGCAGUUCUUCGACAGAGCCAGAGAGAUGGAGUUCUUUAAAAGCGCUCCACCAAACUUCCUCCGAGCUGCCGCCUUGGCCGAGUACAAAAAGCCGGUGGUGGUGAUGCCCAGUGAAGACCGCGAGGAGGAGGAGGAAGUGGAGCCCCAGCCGGAGUUCAGAGAGGCACCUCAGAUGCCACAGUACUAUUUGCUCAGCCAAAUGGGAGUUCCUGAAGCCCCUCUGGAGCAGAGAGACACCGAGAAUGUGAAUUUGAAGAGGGAACUCGAGGUGUUGAAACCAGAGCUGCAGCUCAUCAAGAGUGAGGCUCAGAGGUGUGUGACCGAGUUAAAGGCUCAAGUGAACCGCCUGGAAGCGGAGGUGGACGAGCAGCGCACCCACAAGCAGGUGGCCAUGGUGGAAAAUGAGCACCUGAGGAUGGAGGUGGAGGCUUUGCGCAGCACCAACGUGGCCAACGUCGGCGCCCAGAUCGGAUUUAAGGAGGCCGACAGCAGAGCUCAGGCUGCAGAGAUCAGAUUCAGUCAACUCAAAGAGAGACACGCAGAGCUGAACUCGGAGACGGUGAAGAGUUUGACUAACUCAAAACUGCAUCAGGACGACCUGCUGAGAGCCAAGCAGCAGCUGCAGAACGAGCUGGAGAAUCUGCGGCAGGAGCAGAGGAACAUGAUGAACCUCCAGCAGCAUGAGGCCGACCGGCUGAACAGAGAGCUCCUGGAGCAAAGGGCGGAACUGGCUCUGCUCCGCAGCACUCUGGACAGCAAAGAGAAGGCGGAGCGGGAAGUCCUGCUGCGCUCGGCCAGGGAGCAGGAGGCGGAGCUUUCCUCCCUCAGGCAGCAGGCCCAGCAGCAGCAUAGCUCCCUGGACCUGGAGCGGGACCGGAUGGGCCGGGAGCUGGAGGCGCUGCGGGCACAGCUGCAGCAGCAGCUUGCCAUCAACGCGGACCAGAAGCUGGAGAUCGACAGGCUGAGACGGGACCUGGACUCGACGCGGGCCGAGCUGACGCGGGCCAACGGCCUUCUGCAAAGCCGAGAAAUGAGCGGCACCCAGCUGAACAACUCUCUGGCGGCGGUGCAGGCGGAGAGGGAGCGGCUGCAGCGGGCCUGCGCCGUGGUGGAGGCCGAGGGCAUCAUACUUGAUGCCGUGGCCAAACUGGACGACCCCAUUCACCUCCGCUGCAUCAGCUCUCCUGAUUAUUUGGUGAACAGAGCGGAAACCACUCUGGUUUCCAUCGACAAAAUGCAGCAGAGCCACCUGGUCUACCUGGGAAACAGGAGCGACGCCAGUGGCUUGCUGAGAGCCGCCUGCCGGGAGGGCGAACUUACCCAGAAGCUGCAGGAGGAGCAGUUCUGCCUGCUGCAGUGCGCCGUGGUGGAGGCCGAGGGCAUCAUACUGGACGCCGUGGCCAAACUGGACGACCCCAUUCACCUCCGCUGCAUCAGCUCUCCUGACGCCAGUGGCUUGCUGAGAGCCGUCACCCAGUUUUCCCACCUGGCCGCCGACACCAUCGUCAACGGGGCGGCGGCCUCCCACUCGGCUCCCACCGACCAGGCCGAUGGUCUGACUGACAGCUGUCGGGAUUGUGCCAAUCACUGCCUCCAGUUCUUGAAGGAUUUGAAGUUUCAGGCCAGUUUGCAGAGGGCUGACCCCUCUGCGGUCCGCUACACGGAUCUGCGUCCAAAGGGCCAGGAUGUGCAGAAAGAAGAGCUGGGAAACAUGGUGGAUAAAGAGAUGCUCGCCACAUCGACGGCCAUCGAAGAGGCCGUUCUGCGGAUGGACGAGAUUCUGAAUCAGGCAAAGAAAGACACCACGGGAGUAAAGCUGGAAGUCAACCAGAGCAUCCUGGGAUCCUGCUCGGACUUGAUGAAGGCUGUCCACAUCCUGGUGACCGCCUCCACCGACCUACAGAAAGACAUCGUGGAGGGAGGCAGGGGAGCUGCGUCGGUUCGAGAGUUUUACGCCAAAAACUCUCGCUGGACAGAAGGACUCAUCUCUGCCUCCAAAGCCGUGGGCUGGGGAGCCACGCAGCUGCUGGACUCGGCGGACCGGGUGGUGGGGGAACAGGGGACUUACGAGGAGCUCAUCGCCUAUUAUUUGGUGAACAGAGCGGAAACCACUCUGGUUUCCAUCGACAAAAUGCAGCAGAGCCACCUGGUCUACCUGGGAAACAGGAGCGACGCCAGUGGCUUGCUGAGAGCCGUCACCCAGUUUUCCCACCUGGCCGCCGACACCAUCGUCAACGGGGCGGCGACCUCCCACUCGGCUCCCACCGACCAGGCCGACGGUCUGACUGACAGCUGUCGGGACUGUGCCAAUCACUGCCUCCAGUACUUGAAGGAUCUGAAGUUUCAGGCCAGUUUGCAGAGGGCUGACCCCUCUGCGGUCCGCUACACGGUUCAGCGCCUCCUCGCCAUCGGACAGGAUCUGCGUCCAAAGGGCCAGGAUGUGCAGAAAGAAGAGCUGGGGAACAUGGUGGAUAAAGAGAUGCUCGCCACAUCGACGGCCAUCGAAGAGGCCGUUCUGCGGAUGGACGAGAUUCUGAAUCAAGCAAAAAAAGACACCACAGGUGUAAAGCUGGAGGUAAACCAGAGAGUCAGGCCAACUUUUUCUGUCUGUUUCAGCAUCCUGGGAUCCUGCUCGGACUUGAUGAAGGCUGUCCACAUCCUGGUGACCGCCUCCACCGACCUACAGAAAGACAUUGUGGAGGGAGGCAGGUCUCAGAAAGACGUGAAGCUGGAUCCCAUUUGCGUGUUGAAAGGUUACGAAAGUCCUACGCCUGAUUUGCUGAACCCGACAGGCUUCUGUGGAAACUCAUGA